CUCCACCUCACACCAUCAUCUAUAAUCUCCACCGUCAUUCUUGUUUGUGUUGUCUCCACAAUUCUAUUCCCUUUUCCACCUUUCUACUUCUCUCUUCCUCUUUUCCUCUGUUUUCUUUCUUCCUCCUAUCUCAUCGCUCCCUUGUCUUUUUAAAAUAAAGAAACUCUGCAACAGAAUUUUCUGCCACGAUCUUGCCACUGUCAUGGCUACGUUUGUACUAUUUCCAGUAUUCUUCUUGGCAAUCACUACUCAUUCAAGUGCUUUGUUCUGUAUUUGUAAAGAUGGUGUAAGUGACCAACAACUUCAGAAAAAUAUAGAUUAUGCUUGUGGAGCUGGAGCUGAUUGUACCCCUAUCACUCAAAAUGGUCCUUGCUAUAACCCUAACACUAUCAAAGAUCACUGCAAUUAUGCUGUAAAUAGUUAUUAUCAGAGAAAAGGUGCAACUGGUGCUAGCUGUGAUUUUAGUGGAACUGCUACUACGACCCCAAAUCCACCGACAACUACAGGUUCUGGGUGUGUGUACCAAUCCAGUCCUGGCAACACUGGUGGAGGUACAACAACUCCGACAGUAGCACCACCAGGAACCACAACUCCAACCAUUGCACCACCAGGAACCACAACUCCAACCAUUGCACCACCAGGAACCACAACUCCAACAAUUGCACCACCAGGAUCCACAAUUCCAACGACUGCACCACCGGGCACAACAACUCCAGGAAUUGGCACUGGCACGGGUGGAGGCAUAGCAACUACACCUGGAACAAACUUUGGACUUGGACCAAGUGGCGCUGGCACAGACGGCAGUGCAGCUGGGCACCUCCAAAACUCUGUGUUUUUCACCAUAGUUCUUUUGGCUAUAAGCCUUGAAUGCUCAAGGGUCUAAAAUUAAAAGAGAAUAGAGAAGUCCAUAUUUACGGUCAGCGAGGAGAAGAAUCUUUCUUUAGUUGUUUCUUUCAUCGUUUCUGUUCUUUCUGUCUUAUUAUGGUUGCGUGGAACAGUUGGAAUUGGAUUCCUUUUAGAUGCUUAUGAGGGUAGUAAUUUUAUGUAGUAUAGAGGAAUCUGAUCCCUGCACCCUUUUUAGAUUUCUUCCCUUUGUUGUAUAUUAAAUCUUAUAUAUGAGAAACGGAAGAGGCUGUAUUUUUUUGUUGAAAAUUAUAAUAAAUGAGAACUCUCUUCCCCACCCCAAUCUCUAUCGCAA